GUUCAAGCUUCAAGUUGAAUACCUUCUCUACAUGUACAUUUGCCACGGAGCUUGAAAGUGUCGAUCUUUGAUCUUUGUUUCAUUCAGUGAAAAACUAUCUGCGAAUUAUACCAAGCGACUAUCAUGGGCAGGAACAAAAUCAUCAGUCCCGCAAAAGUCCAGUCAGUCCUCAUUCCCAUUUCUCCGGUAGCUAUUGCAGAAAGAACAAACGUUGAUCGAGCCCCAAAUUUUGCGCAUCAGAGCUCAAGAAAGACCCCGGAAUACCAAGACUUCCUCAACUAAAGGUUCGGAAUGCGGAGAAGCGGAAAUCUAGCUCUGUGUGUUGCAUCCGAGUCUUAAUUGUUACUACUUCAUCUUGAGUUGCUCUCAUAGCCUGCGAUUCCCCAGCGCGAUGAUCCAGAUGCCUAUAUGGCCACUGAACCUACCCUGUCUUCACUAGCAGCUCUCGCUUUAGAGACCCAGGAGGGUGUAGACCAGGAUGCCACGUCUUAUGUGGGCUCCUCACAGAAAACAAAGGAGCAAAUUCGCCGCCACUAUGUCCGUAUGCUACACAAAGUUAUUGAUCAAAGUGACAUCGUCAUUCUUGUGCUCGAUGCUCGCGAUCCGGAGGGAUGUAGGAGUCGACUGGUUGAAGAAGAGGUAAGACGGAGAGAAAGUGAAGGGAAGAAGCUUGUGUUUGUACUGAAUAAAAUCGGUACGGAUGUCGGUUUCAUUUGGUGUCUGCAUUCUUCCUCACCGUGUGCUGUGGGCGAAGAUUUGGUUUCAAAAGAGAAUGCCCAACAGUGGCUGCGAUACUUGCGACAUUCCACGCCGACACUCCCAUUCCGUUCUGCUUCCUCCAAUCAACGUUCUAAUCUCAGCUCUACGACGGCACCCGGGCUUAUGCGCCUUCUUAAGGCAUUCAAACCUAGUUCACAGAGUAUCACAGUCGGUGUUGUUGGUUUCCCGAAUGUCGGUAAAAGCAGCCUUAUCAAUUCUCUGAAGCGAUCAAAGGCUUGUGCAGUGGCUGCGCAGCCAGGUCACACGAAAGACCUUCAAUCCGUGCAGCUGGAGCGAGGAAUCAAAAUCGUCGAUUCACCUGGUGUAGUUUUUGACGAAGAUGAAUCAAGUGACUCUAGUCAAAAGGGCAGCAUUCUCCUGCGAAAUGUAGUCAAAGUAGAGGAUAUAGAAGAUCCUAUUGCUGUUGUGGAAGAGAUCCUUGCGCGGACAGAACACGAGACACUUCAAAAACUAUAUAAUCUCCCUCAAUUCUCAAGUACGCUAGAGUUUCUCACCAUGCUUGCGCUCAACAGCGGACGCCUGCUCAAGGGAGGUACCCCUGACCUACUUUCAGCCGCACGUCAUGUUCUCAUGGAUUGGAAUCACCAAAAAAUCCCCUACUUCUCCGUCCCGCCCACCAUUCAUCCCUCGUCGAUGCCUUCUACCACAAUAGGCGCAGAAACCGUCGGGCAGGCACAAAUCCUUAAUUCAUUCUCCAAACCGUUUGAGCUCGCAGGUUUGUUUGGCACAGCAGACGCUGGCGCGUUCAAUGAAAAUGGACCGAUGCAGGAGGAGGUAGCUAUGGAUGACGGUGAAGUCAACGAUGACAUUGCCGGACAGGAAUCUGGCAUGAUAGUGGAUGAUGGCAUGACUGCAUCUGCACCGUCACUCCCGUCAUCCCGCAAGCGUAUUCGUUCGCCCUCGCUGGUCACACAGGCAGGGGCUACCGAUCCCGCAGCACAACUGCGCAUACCGAAGCGGUUCCGUCGCGCGAAGGACCUUUCUGCAUACGAAGAAGCCGCUGCGCGGAGCCAGAGUCGUGCGAUGAAUAGGCGGUCGCUGAAGCAGGACCGCAAGCGCGCACGAAGGGCCGCUAACAAGUUGACAAAGGCUGAGUCGGGGAUGGAGGUUGAUGGACUGCAGGAGACGUUUAUUGCUGAUGUGCAGGGGUAAAUCACCGUUCUUGCUAUCUGCAUGUCAUGGC